AUGACAGAGGCACACGGAACCCUGCAGCGAGGCAGAGGGCCGGAGUACGAAGCACUAUUCCAGAAAACACUUGAGCAGGAGCGGAGAUACAACGACAUAGAGAAAAAAAUCAACAAUGAGAUCAUCCGGCUGCUAAUUGUGCACCACACAGAGCUGGAGAGCAACAAGCAGACGCUGCAGGCGGAAAUAGAGAGGCUGGAGCACGAAAAGGAGGCGAGGCAGGCUGCAGAGGAUGUGGCCAAGCAGCGGGAGGCAGAGACCGAGGAGAAGGAGGUGCAGCUGAAAGAGGCUUUCAAAGACAAGAAAGAUCUGGAGAAGAAGCUGGCCGCCCUGCAGAAGUCAAUAGAGGCCGUGGAGAAGAAAGCUUUGCUUGAAACCGAGGCGGAGAAAAAAAGGCUGGCCGAGUCCGAAGCAAUGCGGAAAAAAGAGCAGGAGCUUAUUAAAGAGCUCGAGGAGAAGCAGGAGGCAGUUGCCAUGCGGGAGAGGGACUUGGUGCGGGAAACCGAAAGGAAGAACCAGGAAAUAGAAAAAGCCAAGAAUCUUUCCGCGGAGGUGGAGAAGACCCAGAGCGAGCUUGCCAAGAAGAGGAAGGAAAUUGAAGAAAAAGAGCUGGAGAUAUCGCAGUUGGAAAAGACUCUGAAGGAGGUUCGGAAAACCCGAGAGGCCAAGGAGGAGGAAACCUACGAGAAGGAGCGGGACCUAAAGAGAAAGAUACAGGACCUGGAGGAAAAAAUAAAAGUCUUUCCAGAGUGCUCUUCCUCUGCCAGGGAGGAAAUCAGCCAGCUAAAAAUAGAGAGCGAAAUAAGCAAGGCCAAGGUAGAGGAAAAGAACAAGACAAUAGAGAUACUGCAGGGCACAAUACUGAGGCUUGAAAGCCUGUUUGCAAAACAGAUGGAGUACGCGAUGGUAAGCGCCCCAAAGCCAGGAUUCUCCCCUCCGCCCGCGCGCCCCUCUGAAGAGAAGCCAGAAGCCCCCGUGGAGGACCACCGCGCACACGCAGAAAACAAGACUGUAAAUACCUUCGAAGAGCCUGCCCCCAAGCCUGCCCUGGAGAAAAAGCCGAAGCAGCCCGCACAGAGGGAGAAAAAAGAAGCUCCUGUUAGAAAAAGAGGGAAGCGGGAGGUUGUGGACAUUAAGAAGGAAAUGUCAAAGCAGAAUCUUGCAAGAGAAACAAAAAAAAUACAAGAGGCCUUGUCCGAUUCGGAGGAGGACAGAAAAGAGAAAAAAGACUUCAGCACACUCUUUGGAAAGAAAAAAACAAAAAACGUAUUUACAGGAAGGCCGGAGGCUUCAUCGUUCUUUGCAAACCUUUCAUUCUCAGACUACGAGCCAGACACCUCGGAGAAGUAA